AUGAACCCCGAAUCACCUCCACCAGACGGUGGACGAGGCCCGCUCGAGGCUCCUCCAGCAUACAUGCCCUAUCUCGAUCCUCAAUUGACAGCAGAGUCCGCCAAUGCAUACACAAACAUAUCACUAAUUCGAGACAACCGUUCCAAAGCCGACGGUCGCAUUGAUGUUCAUCUUGACUCUAAGCUUGCAAAGUCCUUGGCCAAGAUUGCCGACCAGCAGGAAGAAGGCAUCUUUCUGCCACCAAGUCGAUCCCGCCAGGAAGAUGCUUUGGGGAUCGAUCUCAAACUCAACAUCGUCAUUCAAAUCGUCGGCAGCCGUGGAGAUGUGCAGCCUUUCAUUGCCCUGGGGAAUGCCUUGCAGGCUCACGGCCAUCGAGUUCGCAUCGCGACGCAUGAUGUCUUUGAGAACUUUGUCAAGGAGUCCCAUCUGGAGUUCUUUCCCAUCGGUGGAGAUCCUGCUCAACUGAUGGCUUACAUGGUGAAGAAUCCAGGACUGAUCCCACAGAUGAAGACCUUGCGCGAUGGGGAAAUCAAGAAGAAGCAGGUCAUGGUGGGUCAGAUGCUUCAAGGAUGCUGGAGAUCAUGUAUUGAAGAUGAUCCCGUCACGCAAGAGCCCUUUGUGGCCGAUGCGGUCAUUGCAAAUCCACCGAGUUUUGCUCAUAUUCACUGUGCGCAAGCAUUGGGCAUUCCAGUCCACCUCAUGUUCACCAUGCCUUGGAGUAGUACCAAGGCAUUCCCUCAUCCACUGGCGAAUUUGGUGAAUGGCUCCAUGGAGAACCCAGGGACGGCAAACUGGGUUUCAUAUGCGAUUGUGGAAUGGCUUACAUGGCAAGGACUGGGGGACGUGAUCAAUCAAUUUCGAUCUUCAAUAGACCUGGCACCUGUACCCAGAACAGAGGGACCAUGUCUGGCGGAAGCCCUGAAAAUACCCAUGACCUACUGUUGGUCGCCUGCAUUGGUUCCAAGACCAACAGACUGGCCAUCCCACAUUGACGUCUGCGGCUUCUUCUUCUCCGAUCCACCUUCUUAUACACCACCGCCCGAAUUGUCCCAUUUCCUGGAAUCGGGCCCUGCCCCAGUCUACAUCGGGUUUGGCAGUAUCGUCGUGGAAGAUCCGCAGAAGCUGAUAAACACCGUCCUGGAAGCCGUCUCAAGGGCCGGCGUGCGCGCUAUCGUCUCAAAAGGCUGGAGCGAGUUGGCAGGCCCUCCGGAUCCCAACGUCUUUUACAUCGGCGACUGCCCUCAUGGCUGGCUCUUUGAGCAUGUGGCCGCCGUAGUUCAUCACGGAGGUGCUGGCACAACUGCAUGUGGCUUGUUGAAUGGGAAACCGACUGCGAUUGUUCCAUUUUUCGGCGAUCAACCAUUCUGGGGCGACAUGGUCGCCAACGCAGGUGCUGGGCCCGCGCCCAUCCCCCACGCCAUAUUGAACGCUCAAAAUCUUGCUGAAGCAAUCAGCUUCUGUCUCAGACCCGAGGCAAGCACUGCUGCGAGAGAGAUCGCCAUAAAGAUGAAAGCAGAGUCGGGAGUCACGACGGCGGUGGCUUCAUUCCACCGUCACUUGCCAUUACAGAGGAUGAGAUGCAGUAUCAUUCCAGGAAAUCCCGCCGCCUGGGCUUAUACAAAAAAGAAGCAACCCUUGACUCUUUCCAAAGCAGCCAUGAACAUCUUGGUUGAGUACCAGCGGAUCGACCCUAAAUAUAUCAAAUGCUUCGCUAUCAACCCAAUCAUCAUCGAGAACCGGCGCUGGGAUCCAUUAACAGGCGUCUUAUCAGCCGCCAUGUCAACAUGGUCAAACAUGCUCUACUCAACAGGCGAAAUGUUCUACAAUCCUUACAAAGAGUACAAAGCAAGUCAAAUCCAGCGACGAUCCGAGAGAAACCUCUCAGACCAGCAAUCAUCAUCAUCCACACCCUCUGCACGGCGAUCCAACAGCGACCCGUUCGAGACCGCUGCCAAAAUGGCAGGCGCUGGACUCCAAGGAUUUGGCAAGUUCACCGCGACAUCCUUCCGUGGGGCCAUCGUGGACAUACCCUACGCUGCCGCGGAGGGAUUUCGGCGCGCCCCUCAAUUAGCCGGCGAGCAGCCGAAGGAAUAUGGCAAUGUGCAUGACUGGAAAUCCGGGGCGGUGGUCGGUGGGAAGAAUUUCGUUGGAGGUAUGACAACUGGAAUCACGGGGAUGUUGAAACAUCCCGUGAAGGGGUUUCUGGAAGAAGGGCCAGCGGGGGCUAUGAAGGGUCUUGCCAAGGGGGCUAUGGGGAUGGCUACAUAUAUGCCGUCAGCGGGGAUUGGCCUAGUAGCGUAUCCGCUCCAGGGAAUAUCUCGGAGUAUCGAAGCUGCCUUUCGGACCAAGACGCCCAAGGCGAUUGUGAAUGCGCGGCUUCGUGAAGGAUUUACUCUUACAGAGCGGAUGCAGUUGUCGAAGGACGAAAAGGAUGAAGUCGUACAGGUAUUUGACGUGCUAAUAUCGUCGAUGGGUGAAUGA